GCGUUCACUCUUCCUUUUUACCACUAGAGGGUGCCAUCACGCUCCAAUGGGGGGAAAAAAAAAACCCAACAACAACAACGAAGAAGAAGACCGGAUGUGCUUCCAGAGCACCUUGAACUGGUCCAACUUUUCUCUCGGGUUCGUUCAUAGUUGUUGGAGAUGUUUGGGUGUGCCUUGUGGCGUUCGCGGGCACCAAAGCGUGUGACACGCUCACGCGUGAUUCUAUCAGCGUCCAGAAGGCCCUUGACGGACGCAGGCCCGGUGCGCAUCGGCUGCGCCUCGGGAUUCUGGGGCGACACGGCCACCUCAGUGCCUCAGCUGGUCCACGGUGGGAAAUUGGACUUUUUGGUGUUUGAUUACCUGAGCGAGAUCACCAUGUCACUCCUCACAGCAGCCAAGGCGAAGGCACCUAACCUGGGUUACGCUCCAGACUUUGUCCAGGCAGCGUUGGCCCCGUCCAUCCACGACAUCCACGGGAAAGGUGUUCGGGUGGUCAGCAACGCGGGCGGCGUCAACCCGCUGGCCUGUGCCGCGGCCAUCCGGGAAGUGGUCAAGAAGGCUGGCUUGGACCUCAAGGUUGCCGUGGUGACGGGUGAUGACCUCAUGCCCCACAGAAGCUCGCUGUUGGAGGUCAAAAUGGCCGACGACGGCAGCACCCGCGCCUUGCCGAAAACGCUACACAGCGCGAACGCCUACCUCGGGGCAUCGCCCAUCCGCCGCUGUCUGGAUCUCGGCGCCGACGUCGUCGUCACGGGCCGUUGCGUGGACAGCGCCCUCGCCCUCGGGCCGCUCCUGCACGCCUUUGGGUGGGGAAAAGGCGACUUGGACCUGCUCGCCGCUGGAAGUUUGGCAGGCCACCUGAUUGAGUGCGGCGCUCAGAGCACGGGCGGGAUCUUCACCGACUGGCGCGGCGUCCCCGACUGGGACGACAUUGGCUUCCCGGUGGUGGAAUGUUCCGCCGACGGCUCCUUCAUUCUCUCCAAACCGCCAAAGACGGGCGGCCUGGUGUCGUUUGGCACGGCCGCCGAGCAGUUGGUGUACGAGAUCGGCGACCCGCGGCGGUACGUGCUGCCCGACGUCAUCUGCGACUUCAGCCGUGUGCUCAUACAGGAAGUGCCUGAUGUGGACGGCGGCGCCGUGAAGGUGAGCGGCGCCAAAGGCUUCGCUCCCCCGCGCGACUACAAGGUGUGCGCCACCUACAUGGACGGCUUUCGCGCGACCGUCGUGUGUCCGCUCGGCGGCCCGAGAGCGGCGGAAAAGGCCCGCAGGACCGCAGAGAGCAUCAUAAAAAGAACAAGGCGCAUUUUCAAGCAUUUGCAUCUGGACGACUUCACCGCUGUCAACAUCCAAGUUCUGGGAGCGGAGGACACGUACGGCGCCAACGGAUCCGACAAAGACGUCAGGGAGGCGGUCCUGUGGUUGGCCGUCCGCCACAAAGAAAAGAAGGCGCUGGAGGUCUUCUCCAGGGAGAUCGCCUCCGCUGGCACCGGGAUGGCUCCCGGACUUUGCGGCAUCGUGGGCGGGCGUCCCCGAGUGUCUCCCGUGCUGAAGCCGCUCUUCUUCUACUAUCCUAAAUCUCAACUCCAGCUGGACGUCCACAUGGACGGGCAGUGGGUGGAGUCUCUCUCGGAGGCGGGGCCUGACACGACCGAGCAGGAAGUCCCUCCCGAGGGGGUCGAGGAAGGCCCUGACGCGGAUGGAGCAAGACGCACGUCUCUAUUACAAACGGGUCUAUGUUGUGGUUUUGACAUCGUAGAGCUUCCUGGCGGGCCACACUGCUACACGCUGGAAGAACUGGCCUACGCCAGGAGCGGCGACAAAGGAGACUCCGCCAACAUCGGAGUGAUCGCUCGUCACGCUGGCCUCUUCCCCUACCUGAGGAAACACCUGACUUCCUCUGUGGUUGAGGAAUACCUGGCCCACCUCUUCCCGGCGGGCACGCGCGGAGCCGUGACGCGAUACACUCUGCCAGGGAUCAACGGACUCAAUUUUGUCCUGAAGAAUUCACUUGGUGGGGGAGGGGUGGCGUCUUUGCGGAGUGACCCCCAGGGAAAAGCCUUGGCUCAGAUGUUGCUGGACUUGAAACUCCGGGGCCUUCCCGACCUGGCGCCCCUGCUCGGUUAAGCCCGUUUUAGCAACGGCGGGCUUGACUGUCAGCUUGGAUCACGACCUCUGCAAAUUUCACGAGAGCCGUGACCUCUGCCUUCGCUCUGUGGCAUGUCACUUCCUCCUUAAUUGCAAACAGGCCCUCAGUCGUCACGGCGACCGCCACCAGCUAAACCCCCCCCCCCCCCCCCCCCCCG